AUGCCUGACCUUCCCGAGGAGAAGCGCCGCAAGAUCGAGCCCUGGCCGAGCUUCGGCCCAGGGCGCGGGGAGCGCAAGGGCGACAAUGGCCUGGCAUUGCGCGCCGUGGCCCAGGUGGCAGAUGCCACACGGCAGGAUGCACUGCGAGCUGGGCCCAUUGCGUCAGGCAUUGCGUUCUUGGACCACAUGAUAGAUCAGCUCAACUCCCACGCACAGCUGCGCGUGUCGCUCCAGGUGUGGCGGGGGGACACAUGCCUGCAGCCGCACUCCAACGAGUCCCACACAUCUGGCUGCGAUGGCCAGGUCGCGGCUCUUGCCGGUGCAGCCUUGGGUGCCGCGGUGAAGGAACUGCUGGAAAGCGGGCACAACGAACGCAGGGCGAUUGGCGGCAGCUUCCGCUUCUGUGCGCCGCUGGACGAGGCCUUCACCGAUCUCCGGCUCGAGUUUCCCAAAGCGGGUGAGACGGCCUCCAGCGCCGAGAUUGACUUGGCGCCUUAUGGCUGUUUCCCAGCCGCGGGGCGGCGGCGGAUUGGCUCUUUCCGUACUGAGUUGACGGAGGUGGUCUUGCGCUCUUUCGCCGAGGCGCUCGGUGCAACGCUCAAGGUACGGAAGAUCCGAGGCGACAACGCUCAUCACAUUGUCGAGGCGACCUUCAAGAGCCUGGCCCGGUGCCUCCGUGCUGCCCUCGAUGCUUUCAGCGGCGCCGGAGCAGCGGCUGCGGCGCCUUCGGCACCGCGGAGGGGCGGGAAGCAGCGGAGCACCAAGGAGACAAGCAUUGAUGUCUCCCUUGACCUCGAUGCAGCUGUUGAAGCUGGUGCAGAGGGGCUUUGCACUGGGCUCAACUUCCUGGACGCACUGCUUGCACGCCUACGGGUGGCUUCCGGCAUCGAGCUGCGUGCCAGCUGUCGAGGAGACACCUGGAUCGACGACCAUCACAGCACGGAAGACGUGAUGAUCACGGUCGGCAAGGCUUUGGCAGAGGCACUGGGCGACAAGGCUGGCUGCACGCGAAUGGCUUGGGCCGAAGGCCGUGAGGGUUCCGCGCAGGUUCUCUGCGUGAUGGACCUCUCCAACCGGCCGAGCUUCUGCAGUGAUCUCCGUCUGCAUGUCAGAGACGAAGAGUUUGUCGACGACGUGUCUGUGGAGAUGAUCCACCAUUGCUUCGAGUCCUUUGUCAUGAAUGCUCUGAUGACCGUCCACUUGCUGCAGGUGCCCAGCGCCGAGGCCAUUUCCGCGCGGCACGUCGCCCUGGCGGCUGCCCAGGCAAUGGGUGCAGCGCUGAAGCAGUGCAUCGCAUUGGAUCCUCGCAGGGGCGGUGUGACGGCCAGCUCGAAGGGGACCCUAUCGAAGUAG